GUGAAUUUUUACAUGUAGAGUGAGAGACACGAAAAACUCCAAACCUAAAAGAAUCAAAAGACGAAGAAAGGAUAAUUGUAGCUUCUGAGAACGUACGAAAUAAAGACAUUUCCGCAGAUAUCAUGGCAGUUGAAAAUGGUGUGAUCAUUGUAAUAAUUAUUGGCGCGGUUUUGAUAUUCACGGCCGUCGUCGGCAGGCUCAUGUGUGCUUGUGCAAUGAAUCUAAACGGUGAAGGCGGCGGCGGUGGUGGAGAUGGUGGAGGUGGUGGAGAUGAUGGCGACGGCGGAGGUGAGCCUGAUCAUGAUGACGGCGGGGGUGGUGGAUUAGAAGCCGGCAACCAUAGUGGCCAUGGUGGUCACAGUGACGGAGGGGGAGGACAUGACGGCAGUGGCGGGGGUGGAGGAUUUUUAGGAGGAUUUUUCGGCGGCGGUUGGGGUGGCGGCGGACAUGACGGGGGUGGCGGGCAUGGUGGCGGGCAUGAUGGCGGAGGAUGGGGUGGCGGGGGUGGUGGACAUGAUGGUGGAGGAGGCGGGGGUGGUGGCGGUGGCGGUGGCUUUGGCGGUGGGGGUGGGGGUGGUGGAGUUUGAUGGGGGUUCCUUAGAUAAUCAAGUGGAGGAAAUUGAAAGACGUGGAAGAUAAGGAAAGGCAUGGAAAAUAUGUUAGCACUAAUUUUUUAUUUUUCUAAAUUUUUUAAUUCAUUUUUUCAAUUUUAUUGUGUUUGUGAUUUUAUGGGAUGAUAGUGUAUCUUCGGUAUCAAUUAUUUUGUCGUAAGAAUUCUAUCAAAACGUUGCGGUGUAAAAUUUUCAAAAGUUUACCAAAUUAUAUUUAUUGGAAAAAUUAUAAAAACAUUUGAUUUGAUAUCAAAAUUCUGGUUGAUGAUAUGCUUAUUGAUGUAAUUUCUCAAGUAUUAGUGAUUUUUUUUUUUUGGUUGAAACGAUUUUGACUCUCUAAUAUUUCCAUCUAUAUUUCCUUAAUAUCGAAUUAUCACUAUAAAUCCCUAGCUUGCUUA